CCCGGGGGGGCCCUGGGGGGCGCUGGCCGGGCACGGGGCCCCCCCUGAGCGCCGUGUCCCAACAGAAGCAGGAUGCGGACGACGAGGAGGAGCUGGAGAUCGCCGUGGACAACACGGCCUUCAUGGAUGAGUUCUUCUCGGAGGUGAGGGAGGGCUGGGAGCGGGGCUGGGGGGUGUAGGGCUGCCUCCUAACCCCCCAAAAUCCUCCCGGGCGUGCCCAGAUUGAGGAGACCCGGCAGAACAUCGACAAGAUCUCAGAGAACGUGGAGGAGGCCAAGAAGCUCUACAGCAUCAUCCUCUCAGCCCCCAUCCCAGAGCAGAGUGAGUGCUGCCACAGUGUCCCCACGGCCUCCCCUGGUCACGGGAACCCUCCCUGGGGACAUUCCCACGGUGGCUCACACCCGUGAUCCCGCAGAGACCAAAGAUGACCUGGAGCAGCUGACGGCAGAGAUCAAGAAAAUGGCCAACAGCGUCCGUAACAAGCUGAAGAGUGAGUGGCCCUGUCCCCACCGCCGCGUCACGGCUGUCCCUGUCCCCCUGGGACUCUGGGAUCAUGGGGGCUGGCAGUGGGAAAAGUUCCUGGUGGGCUGAGGCCUGUUUCUCUCCAGGUAUGGAGAGGAACAUCGAGCAGGACGAGGCACGAUCCUCCGCCGACCUCCGGAUACGCAAGUCCCAGGUGAGCUCCAGCCCACAGCCAGUGUUCCCAGGUCCCACCCUGUCCCUGUGGUAUGUCCAGGCAUCCGCAAGUCUCCCAGUUCUAUCCCCAACAGCACUCUGUGAUCCCAGGCUGUGUGUCCCUUUGCCCCAGCACUCUGUCUCGUCACCCUCUGCUGGGACAUGCUACCUCCGGGGUCCCCUGGGUCUCCUGCCGCUGUCCCCACUCCCAGCGCAUUGUCCUGUCCAUCCUGGGACCAGGAGCACGCCAUGCACAGAGCGUCACUGAUCUGACUUCCCCUCCCCACCACCAGCACCUCAUCUUGUCCCCUGGGCAGUGUCACACCUCUGUCCUCGCUCCUGUCCCCCGUGGAAGUGGCCCAUGGGGAUAUGCCAUGCCUGGGGCGUUCCAUGUCCCCAUUCCCAGGACCAGGUCCAGUCCCCCAGGGUCACACCAUGCCCUGGGUGUCCUCAUUCCAAAGUCCCUGUCCCCAUUCUCAUGUCCCUGUCCCCAGCACUCGGUCCUGUCCCGCAAGUUCGUGGACGUCAUGACCAAGUACAACGAGGCGCAGGUGGAUUUCCGGGAGCGGAGCAAGGGCCGGAUCCAGCGCCAGUUGGAAAUCACCGGCAAGAACACGACGGACGAGGAGCUGGAGGAGAUGCUGGAGAGUGGGAACCCCUCCAUCUUCACCUCGGGGAUCAUGGACUCGCAGAUCUCGAAGCAGGCGCUGAGCGAGAUCGAGGGGCGGCACAAGGACAUCGUGCGCCUGGAGAGCAGCAUCAAGGAGCUCCACGACAUGUUCGUGGACAUCGCCAUGCUGGUGGAGAAUCAGGGAGCCAUGAUUGACCGCAUAGAGAACAACAUGGACCAGUCCGUGGGGUUCGUGGAACGGGCCGUGGCCGACACCAAAAAGGCUGUGAAGUACCAAAGUGAGGCCAGGAGGACGCUCCCGCCGCCAUCCCAGCGAUGUCACCUCCCGGCGGGAUGCUCCCCGGCUCUGCUCCUGGACCCCUCCUCUCCCUGCUGCUCCCCGCCCUCCGUGUCCCGGUUCCCGCCGCGGGCUCCAGCAGCGCCGCCAUUCCCGCCCGUCCUGCUUUCCCUGGGAUCUGCCCCUCGUGUCCCCACGGAAGGGGACAGGAUUCCAUCCGUGCCUCAGCCCCAGCGAGGAGUGACAAGGACACAGAUCCGAGGGCCGGACUCCCACCCACGCGGGCAUCCCGGUGGAAUGAGGGCGGGAAUAGGGACAGGACGCGGGGUCUGGCGGCACCAGCGUGGUUUCUUGUCACCGUGCUGUGACAGACAGAGCCGUCGGGGUCCCCGUCUCCUCUUGGCUUUGAUGUCCGGGCGGGAGGAUGUGUUGGUCAUGGAUAUUUAACUCCCGCUGUAAUAAAAUCCCGCUGAUCCCGCCCUGUGCCUCCUCUCGGUGCUGGCACCGGGAACGCCCAAAGCCGCCGGCACGGCUCCGGCUCGGCUCCCGGUGCCCGGGCAUUUGGGGGCCGGACCGGCCCCGUUUCCCGGUGCUGUAGGACACGAGGAGGCAGCUCAGGGCUGGGGAUACCCGCAGCUCCCGGGCCCUGUCCAGACUGUCCCCCCCCCACCAAGUUUUUGGGUAAGUCGCGGUGUUUGGUCACCUGUCCCAGGGCACGCUGGCACUGUCACCUCGGUGUGCCACACAGAACCAGCUCACACCUGCCCUGCCACCUUCCCCAGCCCCUGUCCUUGUCCUUUCUCCCCACUGCUCUGCCCCUGUCCUUGCUGUCCCACUCCCCAUUCCUUGCCCCUCUCCCCAGCCCGAUCCUCAUCCCCUGUCCUCCUCCCCGGCCCAUCCCCUGUCCCUGUCCCCUCCCCGGCUGUGUUCCUGCCUCACGCUCCCUGUCUCCCCGAGCAGAAGAAGAUCAUGAUCAUGUUGUGCUGCAUCAUCCUCGCCAUCAUCCUGGCAUCCAGCAUCGCGAGCAUCUUCGCCUGAGCCCCCCUCCCGCUGCCCUCCAGGUGACAGGGACAGGGCUGCGGGUGGCACAGGGGGUCCCUGGCACCCCCCAGUCCCAGGGAGGGGGUUCGGGCCUUGCCGGGGUUGGAUUCACCCCGAGUGUCCCCGGGCUGCCACGCUGGGGAGGGAUGGGCAUGGUGACAGCACUGGGAGCUGAGUGUCACCUCCGUGUCACAGGUGGCCUUUCCCCCUCCUGCCCCCCUGCCUGGAUGAUCCAGGGGAGAGAGCCCGGCCCAGCCCUGAUCCCCGGAGCCCUGAGGACAUCCCACGUGUCCCUGGAGGAGUGGAGCCCACCCACUGCGCUCCCUGCUGCCCUCCCAGCGCCGAGGCCCCUGCUCCUCCUCCUCCUCCACUCAGGUGACAGUGGGUGGCCGCUGUGACAAGCAGCCCCUCCUGGGUGGCACGGAGCGGCCGGAGGGGCCGUGUCCCUCUGGGGGGGACACAGGGCUCUGCCCUGCCGGGGCGGCCGGAGGAGCCUCUCCCAGUGCUUGGAGCUCCCUGGAUGUGCAGCCACCCAUGCUGGAGCCUUCCUCCUCAAUAAAGAGCUCACCCACA